AUGUUAUUCUCGGAAGAACGCUUAGCUAGCUCAGAGAUAAACAAUGCGAUAUGCAAAGGUUUUGCUGGAAUGACGGGAACACCAAUCUUCGAUAGAGCCCACUCACGCCACCACAACCAGCCAGACUUGUACUUCAGCAUCAUGGACGGAGCCUUGGCAUCUAAUUGCAGAUCAAUAAGGCCUGGAACCAUGUCACUCGAAGAAGAAUCGGACAAUGAGGCUGCUUCAAGCCAAAUCCCGGAACUCAGAACAUCUGAGAGAAAAGAAAAUAUCGUGAAAAUCGAACAAUUACUUCGCUAAUGACCAAUUUCAGCAAAAAAAAGCCAAUGUACGCACAAAACAAGUGCGACAAGACCACAUUGACUCAAAGCACACCAAAUAAGGUUCAAACUAUGCCAAUUCAGGCUCAAAAUAUGCUAAAUCAGGCUCAAAACACUUUCCGUGACAGGACCAAAAACUCACCCAAAAUCCACACGCAAAGCCAACAUUCUGAAGUUUGGGCAAUUGUGAAAAAAGGACGGGUGAGACUUAUGGAUCUGCCUCUGACCUGGGCCCUCCAAAAUAAGAUCCUUUAUGGCUGGAAGCACAAAAACCUCCCUGACGAAUGACAUAAAUAGAAAAACAAGAAACGAAAAUAGCGAACGAAUACUGGAGAAUAUUGGAUAUGGCCUAGGAGUAACGCCAUAAAUCCGAAGGUGAAAAGAAAGCAAGUCUAACAUGUAAAGUAAAGAGAACUAAUUAUCUUUAAACAAGGCCCCAAACGCUGCGAAAAGCUAAAAACCCUUCAAUUAUUCUGACCACUCGCUGAAUAGGAAGGUCCUGAACGGGAAGAAAAAGUGGUAGAAGUAGAAGACGCCGAUUCCUUUUGAUCCACGGGAUGGAAACGAUGACGCCUUUCCUUGGUUUUUCUCUCAGCCCUUCUCUCCGCCCUGUACAUCCUCUUUUCGUCAUGAAAAAAAAUACAGGAAAAUCUCUGAAAAUUUCAUGUGAAAGAUGUAAUUUCGUGAUAUUUGACGUUCAUUUUCUCAGGCUCCCUCAGGCCUUCUUUGGUGUUAUUACAGGUGAUUUAUUACAUCUUUAGGUCUUGGAAAAUGUAAAAAGGAAUGCCCUGUUUCAAAUUAUUCUGGUACAAGUUUUUUGUCCAUUGAAAAUUAACAUUACCCAAUUUCAUAGUGGAUUCCAUCUUAAUUUGUUUUGCAUUUUCUUGUGGUAAGCAUUAAAUAAUUUUAAAAUGAUUAAUGCACAGUUUUCUGUUAUAAUAAAGGCUGAGUAAAUUAAAUAAUUUAUUAGGUUAAUCAGCUAUAUUCUAUUUCUCAAAAUAUUAUGUUUGAUAAAAUAAAUACCGACUCAAUUAUUCUUAUAUAUAAACAUAAAUUAAUAAAUAGAAGCCUAAGUUUGCCUUUCAAUUUCCUCCUCCAAGGGCAAGUGGUUGUUUUGGUACAGUCACUGGAGGGACAAAGCAGUUAUGAUGUACUAGCUGUUGGGAAAUUAUUAGGAGUAGCCACUUCAGAUUUGGUGCCCGUUUUGGUUGCUUUUGUUCACCUAAAAGCAGCUCAUCUUCUCUCUGUUGGUCAGGUGGUCUUAUGGCCAAAGACCCUGGUUGCAGUGUAUGGAGAACAAGCUCAAAGACAACCAGUCCCAGCAGAAAUCAUAUCCCCCGUCUCCAGCAUUCCUACUAGUUCCACUGAAGAUCGUAGAAUGAACUAUGGACUGCAAGUCUUGCAAUUGGGAGUGUUCUUGAUGCAGCUGAAUGACACUGAGGCGGAGGGCGAUGGAGAGAGGAGGUUAAGGAACUGGGAAAUGCUAAUGCAUAUUUCAGGUCCCGAACACGAAGUAUGAAGUAUGCUUUUGAGUCCAUGCAUUUUAUAACAUUUGUUUGACUCUGAAGAUGACUACCGCACAGGUUGUCGAAACGUCAGUCACUGUCAACAACAACAGUCCUAUUCAGGACUACGUUCACCCGGACGAUCAAACUCAACCUACCUUUGAAAUGACUCCUGGGUUCAAACCUUUCACCAUUUGUUAAGAGCUUAUACAGUGAAAGAAUGGCUCACUUAUUCUUCAUGGCCAGUUUGUAAAUGCAAAGGUGGAAAAGGAAACAACUAUGCCAAUGAUUUAAAAAUGGAGCACAAAGUGAGGAAUGAUAAAGGUAUUUUAAAAGGAAUGUGUAGGAACAAAACGCUCAAAGCUGUACAGAGGUCAACAUCACCAAGUUUUCUUUUGAAUGAAAUAGUAAAGCAGUAUGACAGUAACAUUUCCCCGGAGUCAACAGCCCAUACUUAUGCAUGCACCUGCAAUGAUGUCAGAGAGGUGAUCAACAUUAUAAGUGGGAAAAAUCCAUUUGAUUUCAACCAGGAAGAAACAUUAACAGCUUUCCUUUCAUUUCAACAAGCCCAUUAGAUCAGCUGGAUGUAUUUGCUCUGCACGCCUGGUUAACACGGCACAAGAAACGCCUGGCAGCAAAUCCAUACAGCUGUGAUUUCCUGUGCUGCGAGGAUGAUGACCAAGAGAGUACUGAUGAGGAGGAGGAAGAAGAGGCUAUUAUUGUUGAUGAUGGCAAUGAUUUAUAA